UUUUUACUCACCUAUGUUACAUUUAAGUUUGUCCCUUGACCGAGUUCCUGUUGUCUUCGGGUUCGGCAUUGAUUUCGGCAUAGCAGUCCUUGUCAUUUGGCCUAGACAACAAGGAGAAAUCUUUAAGUCAAUAUUAGGAGGUAACGAAUUUCUCGAUUCGGUAUCUGUAUCUGUAAGCGCCAAACAUCAACACGAUGAGCGAACCGCCCUGGAUUAGUCCAUCCUCCUCUCCGUCGGUGCUGGUUUCUGGAGCAUAGAAGCCACCGGAGCGCUCGCAACCGCAUCUCCCGUCGAGGUCGAGUCGGAGUCAAGGCAAAGCGUUUUCUUCUCCUGAUUCAUCCACCCCAGGAGCCACGUAGCCUCUCCGAGAAACACCUCAGCCCGCCAUGGCCUGGUGCGUGUUCGCUCUCUUCGACCGUAAUGCAUGGAAGCUUGCCGUUGGUGGCACUUUCGCGCUCGACCUUCUUUUGCAGUUCAUCUGUGCAAUCUGGGCCGCACAGUCCAGUAUCUGGGAAUUCCACCAUGGCGCCGUGGACUUACUGGUGCUCGCCGCGUUUCGCGCCGUGCUGUCCGCUGGCAUCACGUAUUUCAUGUGUUGCCUUUUUCCAUAAGAAAAAAGCCCUUCCUGUAAAGUACACUGCGAUGACGUUUCUGCAUGUAAGUCAGUACUUAUGAUGAAAAGGAGGUAAUUGAAUAGUACUCAUUUCAAAACCGAUCUUAUCCAGGAUCGUCUCCGUCUGGUGGUGGCGUCGUGGGAUGCGCCGCGCCCGGAGCCACAUCGAGCAAGCAACCACCUCUGACGAAUCCUCGAGCAGCAGCUCCUCUGCGGAUAUCGCGGAAAACGUCGCAUCGGAACUCUUGAUUUGCGCUGAGGUGCCAGGAGGAACCACUUCGACUUCCUCUCCAAAAAAUACAACCUCGAGCAGUAGAAUUAGCAGCUCAACUGCACCCUCGUCCACCGCAGAUGACUUUCUCCUCGAGAACCUCAACCGACCUGCGGUGGAUGCUCUGGGCGAGAAGCGGGAUUCGGACGGUGUUGAGAGGAAAAAGCUGUACGUCAACGACGUAAAGGCGGCGGAAUUCGCGAAGCUGGUCCUGCUGUAUUUCCUCUUCGUGUGCUGCUUCGCCAUGUCGGUCUACACUGGGGUGAAAACGGUCGUGUUCGGAGAUGACAGCAGCAACGGACGAGGAACAAGCUCUGCUUCCCCGGAUGGUGAGGAGCCCUCGACUCUAUUCCACCUGUUCGUGUCGAAAACCUUCUUCAGCGAUGGCAACAUCAACAGCAAUCUUACGCAAGAUCCUGGCUUCGACUUCAUCUCGGACUCCGCCACCAGCACGCGGUGGCUUUCCUAUUUUCUGGGUACGGGGGUUUUCCUCAUCAAUCUGGAAUUUUUCCUUCUCCGGGACUUCAUUGAGGAUCUCACCAAGGAAGAAGGCGAAGUGGUGAAGCGGCUCCAUCCACACCCGCUCUUCUUCACGCUCGAUCUCCAGUGUCACUACUGCGACGUGUGCCACGAAAAGACGCAGAAGCCGUACUUUGAGGCGUACCGGUGCAGAACCUGCGACUUCGACCUCUGCCCACGUUGCUACCGGCGGAAAGACAAUCCGAAUUUCAAGGGGGUGGCGUUCCGCGAUGAUGAGGGCCAGGAGAAGGACUCGCUUACCACCAUGGGAUACUUUAAAAAAUGCAUCGAGAUGUGCAUGGAAUUCUGGCCGACCAUGCUGAUGGCGACCGGGAGCCUGGUGGUUUGCCAGAUUUUGACACUGAUGGCGCCGAAUUUGCAGGGGCAGAUUUUCGACGCGAUCAUUGGAAAGGCGUCGAAGAUGAUAACCACUGGUGGCGCACCUGCUGCAGCUGUUGCUGCCCUUAGCACGAGUGGGACUGUAGCAGCGGAUCAUGGGGGACUUCUCGGGAACAUGUUGGCGACUCCUACUAGUGCUCCGGAUCAAAUACUUCAACAGGAGCAAGUAGCAACCUCCGCAUUCACUUCCUCAACAGUUGCAGCACCAGCGGCACAAGGAGCAUUUCACGCAGCAACCGACCCGAUUUCGCAAAAACUUUACGUGGACCUGUCCGCGUUGCAAGAGAUGCUGGACCCCUACGCACUGUUCAUCCAACCGGUGCUCGAAUUCGUCAAUCCCUGCGACCUAUCGAAUGCAAAUAUGUCUGAGUCUGGAAAGUUGGAACUUGUGAUGCUAGCUUUGGAUAAUCUAAAAGAACCUGUAUUGCAUGACUAGCAAGUAGAGGAGUCCAGUUUGUGCUACGCGGGGAGGGGAUUUGUCAUGCGGAAUAGGCAUCGAGAAGCUCUCAGAAGAUCUGUGAUGCUGGGGAAUACAUCACAGACGUCACGGGUCAUGUAAAAUCUGCAUGACAAGUUGCAACCUUCCAGACCCAGACAUAUUUGCAUUUGACACGACAUCCCCGUGGUUCUGCAAGACGACCACCCGGCCAUCCACCCGGACGUUGAGCGGUUCCGCACUGUCAUGCGGUGGUACGUUGCGGUCAACGUUUUGUCCGGUUUCUUCAACGGCUUACGCUCCCUCGGCAUCGAACUCUCCAUGCGCUCCCUUGCCGCGAUCACCCGGCGGAAAGUGUUCCACAGCUUGAUUCAAAUCGACAUUGCGCACUUCGACGCCAUGCACACCGGGCAGCUGACCUCCCGGUUGACCAACGACGUCUCCGCGAUGGUUUCGCCUUUGUCCACCAUCAUGAACGACUUAGUCUCGAACACCAUCUUAUGCAUUGCAAAAGUAUAAUCGUACUAGUAUAAUUGCAAUAUUACAAAUAAUUUCCUUAUCAUGAGAAAUGGAAUUUGUAUUUGUCAUGCGGAUUUGCCUGAGCAGAAAGAUUUGUAAUGCAAGACUUGCAUUCAUUUUCAUACGAAUUAUACGAUACUCUUGCACUGCAUAAAUCUUGCUCGUCGGCGGGAUCUUCAUGGCCUUUUACACCUCCUGGCGCUUGUCCAUCCUCGGGAUCUGCGUGGUCCCGCCGAUCACGUUUAUGUACCGCCGGUAUAGUCGGUGGGCAAAGGGGAUCAACCGGGGGAUCUGGCAGGCCUACGGUGACUGCAACGCCGUCGCGAACGAGGCGAUCAGCAACAUCCGAACGGUUCGGGCGUUCGCGGCUGAGGACUACGAAAUCCACAGAUUCGACCAGGGAGUCAACGUUGCUUUAAACUACGGCACGAAGAACAGCUACGUGGGCGCCAGUGUGCAGGCCUUCAGCAGCUACAUGAACCUCUUCACCGCGAUUCUCAUCCUGUGGUACGGUGGGGUGAGCGUGAUCAACUCGACGAACAACAGGCCGGACAGUGGUGGAGCCAAUGGCGACAUGCUGACGAUUGGCGGGUUGAUCACUUUUCAACUCUACUGGAACAUGAUGAACUCGGCGUUUCUAAAUUUAUCCAAUGUCUUCAACCAACUGAUCCGCGCUUCCUCCGCCGCAGAGCGGGUGUUUCAGAUCUAUCAAAUGUGAAAAUGUCUGGGUCUGGAAGAAUGCCAGAUUUGUCAUGCAGGUUUUCCAUGACUCAUGAAGUCUGGUAUGUAGGACAUAGCAUGACAGAUUCUGUGAGAGUUCUAUCGUGCCUAUCCUGCAUGAGAAACUGCCGCUCGAUUAGGUCAAAUAAAGUGGGCAGCUUUUGGUAAUCAUGCAACACAGAUUUUUGCAUGAUUCAGAUUUAGCAUGACAAGCUGCUUUGUUCCAGACCCACACCUUUUUUCAUUCCAUAAGAUCAUCGACGCCACGAAAGACAAAGCGAAUCUGGUGAAGACGCCGGUACUAUCGAAAUGAAAAAUCCCCCCACCCCACACUCAAACUAGAAAUUUGCGAUGCAGAUUUGUGGUCACAAAUCAGCUUUGUCAUGCUAAAAGGGUGGAAAAGAUGCGGACUGUAGUGCUGGUUGGCGUGGGAAAGCCUUGCAUCUUCAGCAUGACAGGGGGCAGAUGGAAGUGGGAAACAGCAUGACAAAUUGCCUGCAAACGAGGCCGCAGCUGCGUCUCUUGGCCUUCUAGCAUUACAAGUCGAUUUGUGUACUCAAAUACAGCAUCACACAUUUCGUUUUCGAUAUGGGGAGGGGGGAUUUUUCCUUUUGAUAGGUACCUAGAGGAACCGCGGCGUUGAGUGUGACUGGUGGAGCAACUACUUUUGCGCAGCAAGGCCGCGGAGGUACUACCACCGGAGCUAUUGGCGGUACAGGCGGUGGUUUGAACACGGGGAGCACUUGCGCAACUAGUACAGAUCUACGGUCCGCUACCUCGACUUCCAGCUUUGAUACUACAACCAGUGUACAACAGCAGGACAGUAACGGCAACUCUAUUACGAUCGUCCACGGCGAGCCUUUACUCUCCGCGGAGGACCGGGCUGAGAUGGACAAUAUUAAUUUGAACAACACACACAACGCGGCACAGUCCUCCCCCGCCGGAAAGUCCGACGUGUCCGCAGCGGAAGUGGCCGCAGCGCUUUCCUCGUCACCGAAUUCAGGUGGUUUCGGUACCAGCGACUACGAGUUGCAAGACGUCGUGGCGCAUGCUUUACCUGAAACCGAUUCCACCUCGACAACUGCGGUUGGCACAUUGUCCCCCACCUCUACUUCAUCUUCCCGGCAGGUAUCUUCAAAUGUUGUCGAAACCGCAAAUAAUUCUAGUAAUCUCCUCCCCGUGACCACGAUGCAGGGCGAGAUAAAGUUAGAGAAUGUGCACUUCAAGUACCAAACGCGGCCGGAGAACCCGGUAUUGAACGGGUUAAACCUCACCUUGAAACCGAACACGACGACCGCUCUGGUUGGGAAAUCCGGUGGCGGGAAAUCGACCGUCAUUCACUUGCUGCUGAAAUUCUACGAUGUCACGGAGGGAAAGAUCAAGAUCGACGGGAAGGACUUGAACACUUUGAAUCCCCAGGACGUCCGGAAAUUUGUCGGCUUCGUCGCCCAGGACACGCAGCUGUUUGCAACUUCGAUUCUGGACAACCUGCUCUACGGCUUGGAAAACCGGGAAACCAUCACGACGAAGGAAGUGAUCGAAGCGUGUAAGUUAGCCAACGCGCACGACUUCAUCAUGGACACAGAAGACAAGUACCAAACGCGGGUGGGCGAGAAGGGGGUGAUGCUCUCCGGCGGGCAGAAGCAGCGGCUGGCGUUAGCGCGUAUCAAAUGCAAAUAUGUCUGGGUCUGGAAGGUUGCAAGUCUGUCAUGCUAAGUCUGGAUAGCACAAAAAUUUGUGUUGCAUGAUAUACCAAAACGUGUCCACUUCUGAACAAGUUUAGCGGCAGUUUGUCAUGCAGGAUAGACAUGAUAGAGACUUCGCAGAACCUGUCAUGCUAGGUCCUGCAUUGCCGACCUCAUGGGGCAUGGAAAAUAUGCAUGACAAGCUGGCAUUCGUCCAGACCCAGGCAUAUUUGCAUUUGAUAGUGCGGUGCUUUUUGCGAAAGCCAAAAUUGCUCUUCCUCGACGAGGCGACCUCCGCGCUGGUAUCCUGUGCAAAAGUAUCGUACUCGUAUUGCAAUCACGCAUUACAAGAACAAAUCUUUUUCUUAAGGUGAAUUCGCAUUACAAAGUUUAUUUCUCAUGCUGAGGAAACUUGUAAUGCAUUUAUACGAGUACGAUACUGUUGUAGUUCAUAGCUGGAUGCGGAAAACGAAGCGUUGGUGCAAGAGGGGAUUGACAGAUUGCUGGAGCAGUGCAACAGCUAUCAACUGCAAAAAUGUCUGGGUGCUCUGGAAGAGUUGGGACUUGUCAUGCACAUUUUGCAUGGCCCGUGAGGUCUGUGAUGCUGGUGCUAACAUCACAGAUUUCUUGAGAGCUUCUUGAUGCUAAUUACGCAUGAGAAACGCCCUCUCCGCCUGCCAAGAACUGACUCCUCUUGCUGCUCAUGCAACACAGAUAUUUUUAGAAUCCCCAGACAGCAUUACAAGUCCCACUCUUCCAGACCCAGACACUUUUGCAAUCCAUAGCAACACGGUGCUGUUGAUUGCACACCGGUUGUCCACGGUGAUGAACGCGGAUCAGAUCGCGGUGGUGAACGGGGGCAAGAUUGUGGAGCUCGGGAACCUAUGAAAUGCAAAAGCAUCGUACUAGUAGAACUCGCAUGACAAAUUUCCUCGGCAUGAGAAAUGAAAUUUGUAAUGGGGAUUUGACUUGAGAAAGAAAUUUGUAAUGCAUGAAUGUGAUUAGUGCGAACGAGUACGAUACUUUUGCAAUGCAUAGAAGCACGAAAAACUGUGCAAAAAAGGCGGAAUUUACGCGAAGUUGGUGCAGCGCCAGAUGAAGCGGGAUGCGAACGUCAUCGACGAACAGAAAUUGUUGGACGGGGCUGGGAAUAGUCCGGUGGGGUCGAGGACUACAACCAGGUCGAAGGAAGCGAUUGUGGAGGUUGCGCCGAAGAAAGUUGUGGAGCCGAAGAAGGGUGGCCCGGCAAAAACGGAAAUCGAUGAACUCUUCGAGUCUGCGGAAAUCGACGAUGUUGCGUAAGGGGAGGUACAAAAACAAGCGGUCAGGAUUUUUUAGUCGUGGGGCUCGCUUGCCAACAAACAUAACUUCUACUGUUGCACUGACGCUGACCCAGACGCGGCGUAUUUUUCUGAUCAUGUACCGCUCGCGCUCACGAUAUUCUUCGUUACCGUUACUACCAUGCAAAAGACAACGCUUGCUUUCUGCGCUGUUUCUGGCCAGCUGUGGAAAAAUUUACACCGGCUAAGGCUAUCGGGAAAGAAGUUCGAAAUGAACCGUCGACAACCAUCUUCAGUUUUUAUAAGCGUACUACCGCAGCUGGGUGAGCAACUACUUUAAAAUUUUCCAUAAAUGUACCCACGCCUGUGCAUGAUGAGACCCGUUUUUAUCUUGCUUUUGACUUUUUCUAGAAGUUGCUCAACCGCCAGCAUUCCCCGGCGGAACAAAUGCUGUCUUAUCCUCGGGACUCACUCAUAGUAAUUCAAAAAGAAAGAAGAUGGUUUCUACAAUGUCAAUGUCAAUGUACACCAGAGAGCACCACUUCAUCUACUAAAGAAGGUGCACGAGAGAAAAUCAUCGCUAGACACUUCAUCUGACGUCUCAAUCUUUGUCGACACGAAUAGGAUUAUAGGCUAUGUGAAGGGAGCUGCUGCACUAAAUGACGCCUUGUCCACCUCCGUCGAUUCUACUUCUGAUUCUGAGACUACAGAUGAGGUUAAAGUCUUCACUUCCUAAACACAAAAAUCUUCCAUGGCCUCCAAUUAUGAUGAAGAACAUGAAACAUCAAAUGUCAAUAGUUGUGGCUGCUUCUAACCCAAGUAACGCACGGACAUCAUGGAUGUGACUGUACUUAAAGGCUUUGUCGUGGUCGUUGUUGCAAACAACUCAUCUAGGGCUUCUUACAAAAAACUACACCGCGACUUACGCGAAAAGAUGAGGCUUGAUGCUCAU